CAUACUUGUCAUUGGAAAAUCCCGCGCUGGUCCGAACUCCGGCCAUGUACAGAAUAUCAUAGUCCUCCGUUAUAUAUCGAUGACUUAAAAUGCUAGUCAAAGGACGGCCCAACAAUAUGGAGAUGGUUUCGGUGUUUGUUAAACUGCACGGAGACAGCCCCGAUGCGCUGCGCGGUAUCAAAAGAUUAGUGCAAUUAACCCUGAAAAUCAACAAUACAAAUCCGACGAGUAGCUAUUAUCACGAUUUCUCCCCCGGCAAGAGACUACAUCCUGUGUGGUAUAGCGAACGGCAUACAAAAUGGGGCGAGGAAUCGCUGACGACGACUCAAACGGUUCAAGCGCUUUUAAACCAAGACCAGGCAUCGUUGACGGUGAUGAUGACCAUUUUAUACUCGACAACGGACAAACUGCCUGUAUGCAACUCACCUUUUGCGAAAUACUUCAAUUCGCGUGACUUUUCGGAUGUCCUUUUUCGCAUCCAUGGUAUCGACGAUAGCCAUGAUAAUGAACCAGCAAUUGUUUAUGGACAUCGGAAUAUCUUGGCCGCAUUAUCACCAUGGUUUCAAACCUUAUUCACUAGUGGCAUGCGCGAAACCUUUGAGAAUGAAGUCAAUAUCUUUGGAGUGAAACGAAAACUGUUCAUGCGCGUAUUGCGUUAUUGUUAUACUCUGCAUAUAUCCAUUCGCGGUGUAGCAGAUGCCUAUGAAUUAUUGGCGGCCGCCGAUCGGUAUCAGAUGGUGUCUCUUCGUGAUGAAGUGCUGCGCUUUCUGAGACACGAAAUCACACUGCACAAUGUUUUGGAAAUAUGGUGGUGGGCCGACACCUUGGAUUGUGAGAAAACAUCGGAUGCAUGCCGUCAAUUUGUUAGCUCACAUUUUGUGGAGUUGAUAAAGCAGCCGUCUUGGAUUAAUGCCGAUGCUCGUGUGCUGAAACUAGCCUUGCAGAUCGACAAAGGUUGUUUGCCGACCGAGCAAGCUCUUUACGAAGCGGUGGUACUGUGGGCAAAGCAUCCUUUAUCACGUAUCGAGAGUGAAUCGAUUCAAGACCUGAAGAAACAACAAAAGGAACCCCAAAAUGACUGUGGACUGGCGUUGGAGGCAGAUUCCGCAGUGAGCCAAUGUGAGCAAAAUCUGCGAAAUCUAAGUAUACGACCUGCAGCCAACCAAAUUGGCACGGUGAACCAAGAUGAUCAGCUGACCGUUUCGAAGGCGAUCGAUCGUAAAGCGAAGAACGAUGAAUUACUGGCAGAUAUGUCGGACGAGGAAAUGGAAAAUAUUAUGAAUGCAUGUGAAGAUCUCUAUCAACGCCAGCAGAUGCUGAUCGAUUUACUCCCCCAUAUCCGAUUCCCUAUCAUGUCUCCAGAUUAUCUAGCCGAAAUCGUCGAACAAGAUUCUUUUGUCGUGGAUCUCGCCGGCACACGUGAUCUUCUUUAUGAAGCAUAUCGAUUCCACGCCGUCAAAUCCGACAAAUUCAUUCCCGUCUCUAUCCGUUGUCAACCACGAGAUAUCAUUGCCGAAAAAUAGCCUAUUGUUUGUGUAUGAUCAAUUCAACGCCAGACCGCCGUCAUGCAAAAAGGGAAAUGUUUUUUCAACAUAAUUUAUUCGAUUCAUUUUCUCACUCUC